GAAUCUGCUGUCACGCUUUAUGUUCAGAAUAUUGCUUGUGGUAGGCAACAUGCUGCUUUGGUGACAAAGCAAGGAGAGCUGUUUUCUUGGGGAGAGGAAUUAGGAGGUAGACUGGGGCAUGGUGUAGACUCUGAUGUCUCACAUCCAAAGCUUAUAGAUUCACUAAAAAAUGUCAACGUUGAACUUAUAGCAUGUGGGGAGUACCAUUCUUGUGCUGUAACACUUUCUGGGGAUAUGUACACAUGGGGUGGUAGCACUUACAAUUUUGGACUCCUUGGUCAUGGAACUGAAGCAAGUCAGUGGGUUCCAAAGAAAUUAAAUGGGCCUCUGGAGGGAAUACAUGUCUCAUCAGUUUCAUGUGGACCAUGGCACACAGCUGUGGUAACCUCUGCAGGGCAAUUAUUUACUUUUGGUGAUGGAACCUUUGGUGUCCUAGGACAUGGGGAUCGUCAGAGUUUUUCAAUCCCGAGGGAAGUCGAGUCCCUUAAGGGCCUUCGAACAGUGCGAACUUCCUGUGGUGUUUGGCAUACUGCUGCGGUUGUUGAAGUCAUGGUUGGGUCUUCAAGUUCUAGCAACUGCUCCUCUGGUAAACUUUUUACAUGGGGAGAUGGAGAUAAAGGCCGUCUUGGUCAUGGUGACAAAGAAGCAAGACUAGUGCCCACUUGUGUUGCAGCUCUUGUUGAGUCAAACUUCUGUCAAGUGGCCUGUGGACACAGUUUGACUGUUGCACUUACAACAACAGGCCAUGUUUACACUAUGGGAAGCCCUGUAUAUGGCCAACUAGGACAUCCUCAAGCUGAUGGUAAGUUCCCUAUCCGCAUUGAGGGGAAUCUUGUGAAAAGUUUUGUGGAGGAAAUAGCAUGUGGUGCUUAUCAUGUUGCAGUUUUAACAUCUAGAACUGAAGUUUACACUUGGGGAAAAGGUGCAAAUGGUCGCUUAGGUCAUGGGGAUGCUGAUGAUAGAAAUUCUCCUUCAUUAGUUGAAGCUUUGAAGGACAAGCAAGUCAAAAGCAUUGUCUGUGGUUCUAGCUUUACUGCUGCUAUCUGUCUUCACAAGUGGAUCUCUGGUGUUGAUCAGUCAAUUUGUUCGGGAUGCCGCUUUCCAUUUAAUUUCAAAAGGAAACGACACAAUUGCUAUAACUGUGGACUUGCUUUUUGCCAUUCGUGCAGUGGGAAAAAGUCUCUAAAGGCUUCCAUGGCACCCAUUCCUAACAAACCUUAUCGUGUUUGUGAUAAUUGUUAUGAAAAACUCAAGAAAGCUACUGAAACAAACUCUUCAUCUCACUCUUCUCUAAGUAGAAGAGGAAGUAUAAAUCAACGACGAAAUCAUGUUGAAAUGAGUGAAUCUUUGGAUUCUAGGCCUAACAUCCAACUUACUAGAAAUUCUUCUAUUGAAUUAUCCAAGGAAAUGGAAAGUGGUUCUUCUAAAAGAAACAAGAAGCUAGGCUUUAGCACUACCAGGGUUUCAUCCCCUCCAAGUGGGGUUUCUCAGUCCAAUGGACAUUCUAGAUCUUCAAACCAAAUGUUUGGAUCAUCCAAGAAGUUUUUUUCAGCUUCUCUCCGAUCAAGAAUUGUAUCUCGAGCAUCUUCACCUACAUCAAGACGAUCUAGCCCACCUCGUGCUACUACACCAACACCAACAUUAUCAGGCUUGCGCACCAAAGAUUUUGUCGGCGAUGCUAAAAGGACAAAUGAUAGCCUGAGUGAGGAAAUC